AUGAAAGCUGGAGCUGGAAGUCUGGCAGCUGUUUAUGUCCUUUAUACUUCUAAAAAGGUGGUUCUCUUAAAACUCACUCCUGAAUUCAGUCAGCAUCUGAAUAAUAAAAUCAAGGAACUUCUCCAACAGAUGGAAAGAGGCCUGAAAUCUGCCGACCCCAGGGACUGUACUUGUUAUACUGGCUGGGCAGGCAUUGCUUUGCUAUAUUUUCAUCUACAUGAGGUAUAUGGAGAUCCAUCCUAUCUUCAGAUGGCUCAAGAAUAUAUAAAGAAGAGUCUUAGUUGCUUGACAAAGCGAUCAAUCACUUUCUUAUGUGGUGAUGCUGGACCUUUGGCCAUGGCUGCAGUUGUAUAUCAUAAACUACACAAUGACAAGCAAGCAGAAGAUUGCAUUGCUCGCUUAUUGCAUCUGCCCAAACCAGAUCCACGUAUCCCUGAUGAAAUGCUUUAUGGACGUAUGGGGUAUUUAUCUGCUCUGCUGUUUGUGAACAAACAUUUUGGAGAGGAAAAGAUCUCUCAAAAUCACAUCCAACAGGUUUGUGAGGCAGUUAUGGCAUCCGGUGAGAAUUUGGCACAGAAGCGGAACUUCAAAGCUAAGAGUCCACUCAUGUAUGAAUGGUACCAGGAGUAUUACGUAGGAGCAGCCCAUGGUCUAGCAGGAAUUUAUUACUACCUGCUGCAGCCUGGUCUUGGUGUGAGUCAAGCAAAGUUGCAUAACAUGGUGAAGCCAAGUGUGGAUUACAUCUGUCAGUUAAAGUUUGUUUCUGGCAAUUACCCCCCUUGCAUCGGAGACAACAGAGAUUUGCUGGUCCAUUGGUGCCAUGGUGCACCCGGUGUUAUCUACAUGCUCCUUCAGGCCUAUAAGGUGUUUGGGGAACAGAAGUAUUUUAGUGAUGCCUUGCAAUGUGCUGAUGUGAUAUGGCAGUGGGGGUUGCUGAAAAAAGGAUAUGGGCUGUGCCAUGGUACUGCAGGCAACGCAUAUGCCUUCCUGGCACUGUACAACCUUACUCAAGACAUGAAAUAUCUCUACAGAGCUUGCAAGUUUGCAGAAUGGUGUUUAAGUUACGGGCAACAUGGAUGUCGGACACCGGAUACUCCUUUUUCCCUUUUUGAAGGAAUGGCUGGAACAAUAUAUUUUCUUGCUGAUCUUCUGAUACCGACCAAAGCCAGAUUCCCAGCUUUUGAACUAUAAAUUCCUUCUCAGCCAAUAUUAAAUACUGACAAGAAGUUCUUUGGUUCUUUGGAAAAGGCAGAUUAAGUAGGCUAUUAUCUCAUUUCUUGACUAGAAAAUUCAAACCCUAAGGAGGAGUAUUGAUGUUUACAUUCUCUUCUGCAUCUGAUCUACUUCUAAAAACUACUAGCCUUUUUUGUAAGCAUUCUAGGUUCACAUAAUAUAGUUUUCUCUGUUUUACUGAAGGGGCUGCAACUUGACUAAUGAUUUUUUGAAGAUAAAAAAACAAUAUAUUUGGCAGUCAAUUAUUUUGCCUUGCUUAGAUAGCUAUAGGACAGAUCUUGAAAUUAUUAUCUGGCAAGAAAUAUUCCUUGUGUUGGGACUUCCAAGACACACCAAAGGUUAUGGCUAACACAAAAUUUAUCAGAGCCAUUUCUGAAACAUAUCCUUCUGAUUUCUUUGCAUGUUUGUUGUUAAAACAAAUGCACUGCUGAUUUAUCAGCAACUUGUCCCCAAGCAUAUAACUCUUGGAUGAAUUUUCCUGUCUUUAAUUAAUGCUUUCAGGGGCCUCCAACCUUGGCAACUUUAAGCCUGGAGGUCUUCAACUCCCAGAAUUCUGGGAGUUGAAGUCCUCCAGGCUUAAAGUUGCCAAGGUUGGAGAUCCCUGGUUUAUAGCACGUUUCCAACAGGAAUUGAAUAUAUUUGAUAUAUUUAUUGUUGCAUUUUUUCUUAUCUGUGACAGAUUAGAGCAAUGUGGUUUAUCGCAUAAGACCUGUCUGAAAUCUUUUUGCAAAGAGCCACAUAUCAUUGAGUAUUUAACAGUAGCUUGUAAACUCUUAAUACAUUUAUUAUAUUAAAAAAAAGAAUUUACCAGUAGCUUAGUAUUAGCUUGAGUUAAGGUAAAAUUUCAACUAUACUUCAGCUUUAAAAAAGGCUGAAAUGAUUCUUCUCACAUAGUUAGAUUAGCACCUGGCUGAUCUUUCAAAGCAAAUACUGAAAUAUACAUUUCGUACAAAAGAGAGAGGUAGCUGACUCCAAAUGAUUAAAAGGGACUGUUCUGUAGUUCUUGCAUCUUAUAGUGGCAUAAAUUACUGCAAGACUGCAAUAGUUACCAAUAUGAAUUCAGGGGGUGGGGUGGUGGGGUGGACGACACUUACCUGGAUGUUCAGCAUUAUUUCCAGACAGCAGUAUUCAGUAUGUUGGAUAUCAUCUUAAUAAAAGUAUCUUGUUCAUUUGACUUUUAGAUACUGUAUAAGUUCUGUUUAUGUGGAUAAUUAGUUUUAAGCCUUUGGAACAUACUCUAGUCUGCUUUGUUGUUAAGGUUCAUUGAAUUAAAGCUGUUUUGGACAAAUACCUAAUUUUAUGUUCUUUGUAAAAUAUAUAUGCAUAUACAGAGAGAUAGAGAGAAAGGGGAGAGAGAGAGCAUAAUAGCCCUUUGAAGGAAGGAAAUUCUACAAAUGAUCAGAAUACAAUUGUGCUGGUAUAAAUUAAAAAUGAACUACACAAGUAAAAAAUUCCCCAAGUCAACCUCGAUUUUUGAUAACCAUAUGAACAUAGUUAUAUAGUGAUGGGGGGGAGGGGGCUGCAGCAAUAAGGUGUUAUUGCCAUGUUCACGCAUGCAAACAUACGUAGACAUCCCACCACUCCUUUUUUGGAUAAGCAAUAUCCAAAUACGACAAAGUGUGGCCUACUUCUGUUUUUCUGACGUAAGUCAAGUUGAUUGGAUUUUGCUACCUUAAGUUUUUCUAUGAUCAAGCUUGAUGGGAGGAUAUGCCCAUCUUGUUUUCUGUGCAGCCAUGCAAAAGUAGAUAAGAUCACAGAAUAUGGAGUUGCCAUACAUGAAAAAAAUGAAGCCAGCUCUUUAUCCUUGAGAAAAAGGGAUGGAAUUAACAAUAACAAGCUGCAAGGGAAGGCACCCUUGGAUACAUUUUAAUCAAGCUGUGAAUGAAGAAACAAGAUUGCUCAUUCAUGAUUGUGGAACUGAAAAGCAAGAAUGGGGCAGUGGGAUAAGAACUGAGAGAAUAGAAUAAUGUAAUCCAUAAAUGAGGUGCAUGAAGAGAAGGAAAGCAUGGCCCAAGGCAGCUGAGGCCAGUAGGCUGCCCUUAUGGGAUCAAAAAGGAGCAAAGCAAUGAGCCAGAAGAGUAGGCCUUGCUGUUUGUACCUAAGGAAUCUCCACAAACAAUUAGGAGAGGGGAGAAAAAUACAUCUCCCGCUGCUCUGAGAUCAACUGUGCUGGAAUCAGCCUUUGAUCAGGGAGCUGCCAUAAUAUUUGUGUCUUUAGCUACACCUUUUUAUCCCAGGGGGAGAGUUUGGAUUGUCAGCAUAUUGAUUCAUUUGUUCAUGUAAUAAAGUUAUACGGCCAUCCACCUCAUAUAUAUGACUCUGGGAGGCUGACAGAAUAAAAACUGUUUUUGCUAUGACUAAUUUUUGUUUAGAUGAAAGUAUGAUCUCAUUUAGAACAUUCAUGCCAGCAGGUAGUUUGAAGG